AUGGCCAAUAAAAGAAUAUUGACAGGUUUUGAAAUGGUUUCACUUACUGAGAUGUGCAGUGCUAAAGUACAAAGUAAGUUCCCGCCUAAGUUGAAGGAUCCAAGUUAUUUUACAAUUCCCUUGGCAAUUGGAAAACACGAGGUUGGUAGUGCCUUGUGCUAUCUGGGAGCGAGCAUUAAUUUGAUGUCACUAUCAGUGUUCAAGCAGCUCAAUCUUGGAGCCCCCAAGUCUACUACUAUAAAUCUACAGCUAGCGGAUCGGUCAUUAGCAGUACCUGAAGGAAUGAUUGAAGAUGUGCUGGCUAUCGGUGGAGCACUUAAUAAUGUGAGGGAUGGCAAACUAAAGAUGAGAGUGCAUGAUGAAGAAAUCACAUUUAAUAUGUACAAUGCGCUUAACCAUCCAAAGCAUUAUGAGGAUUUGUGCAUGAUCCAUGUGUUAGAAUCAAAGUUGAUACAGCAAGGUCCUUAUGUGGAGCCUACUGGCAUGGAAAAGAAAAUUGAGUUAUAA